AUGUCGCUGUCGAGCUCGACCAAGCACUCCAUUAACGGAGACAGUGAAGAUGAUCAUCCACAGGACCCAGACCUCACGCGAACGGAGUCCAUGCGCUCGGCUGCAGACCACUGGAAUCCAAUCCACGAGCUCAUCUUCGUGUUGGUGGUGUGCAUGGCACAGUUCAUGACCCAAGCCGCGCUGGGAGUGUGUCUUGCACCGCUGGAUAUAAUCGGCGACGGACUCAACAUCACGCAACCGGGCAUUCUGAGCUGGCUGAUUGCAGGCUACUCGCUCACCGUCGGCACCUUCAUCCUCUUCUUCGGCCGACUGGGCGAUCUCUUUGGAUACCGCCUUAUGUUCAUCAUCGGCUUCCUGUGGUUCGCGCUCUGGUCUAUGGUCGCCGGCGUGAGCGUCUACUCCAAUUAUAUCCUCUUCAUCUUCGCACGCACACUCCAAGGCCUGGGUCCUGCCAUGUUGCUUCCUAACGGCUUGGCCAUCCUAGGUGCUACUUACCGCCCGGGCAAGAAGAAGCACAUGGUUUUCGCCCUGUUCGGCGCCAUGGCCCCCAACGGCUCUGUUAUCGGCGCCAUCUUCGCCGCCGUCUUCGCCCAACUCGCCUGGUGGCCGUGGAUCUGGUGGUCGAUGGCCAUCUGGUGCUUCGUGCUGGCUAUCCUGGGCAUCUACGCCAUCCCGCCCGAGCCCAGAAAUCCGCGCAUCCGCACCCUCUCCGUCCGCGCCCUCUGCGCCGAGAUGGACCUAAUCGGCGCAACUCUGGGCGUCACGGGCCUCGUCCUCGUCAACAUCGCCUGGAACCAAGCCCCUGUCGUCGGAUGGGAGCAGCCCUACGUAUACAUUCUACUGAUCAUCGGCCUAUUAAUCAUUGCCGGCUUCUUCGUGUGGGAGAUCCGCUUCUCGAGUAAUCCGCUCAUCCCUUUCCACGCCCUGAAUGUGGACGUCUCGUUUAUUCUUGGUUGCAUCGCCUGCGGCUGGGCCAGUUUUGGCAUCUGGAUCUACUACUUUUGGCGGUUCUUAGAGGACAUCCGCGGAGUGCAUCCCAUCCUUGCGUCCGUGCAGUUCCUCCCGCCCACGGUUAUGGGGAUCAUCGCUGCGUUCUCAACAGGCCACCUACUGAGUCGCCUGCACCCCGGGUGGAUCAUGGUCAUGGCCAUGGUGGCGUUCACUCUGGGCAAUGUGUUCUCAGCUAUUAUGCCCGUGCAUCAGACGUACUGGGCGCUCUCGUUCGUCACGCUCAUCGUCAUUCCCUUCGGGAUGGACAUGUCCUUCCCUGCUGCAACAGUGGUCCUGAGCGACGCUGUGGGCAGAGAGCACCAGGGAGUUGCGGCGUCACUGGUGUGCACGAUCGUGAAUUACAGUAUCUCGUUAGGUCUGGGAUUCGCGGGAACCGUCGAGGUGCAUGUCAACCACGGCGGGAAGACGUUCCAUGACACGUUGGUUGGGUACCGCGGCGCAUUUUAUAUGGGGAUCGGUUUAGGCGGGUUGGGCCUGCUGACGAGUAUAGUAUAUGUACUUUACACUCUGAAGAAGGGCCGGCGCGGGGGAAAGGAGGUGGAAGAUGCUUAA